UUACAAAGCUAAUUCUUUUUUUUUUUCAGGGUGUGAUGGUGGGUAUGGGUCAGAAAGACAGCUACGUCGGUGAUGAGGCCCAAAGUAAACGUGGUAUCUUGACCCUGAAGUACCCCAUUGAACACGGUAUCGUCACCAACUGGGACGAUAUGGAGAAGAUCUGGCACCACACAUUCUACAAUGAACUCCGUGUUGCCCCCGAGGAACACCCCGUUCUCCUCACAGAAGCUCCCCUUAACCCUAAGCUUAAUAGGGAGAAGAUGACCCAGAUUAUGUUCGAAACGUUCAACACCCCAGCUAUGUACGUGGCAAUUCAAGCCGUGCUGGCCCUCUACGCCUCCGGUAGAACCACCGGUAUCGUGAUGGAUUCCGGUGAUGGAGUCACUCACUGCGUACCCAUCUACGAAGGUUACGCCCUACCCCAUGCUAUACUCCGGUUAGACUUGGCCGGUCGAGAUCUCACCGACUACCUUAUGAAAAUUUUGACCGAACGUGGUUACACCUUUACAACAACAGCUGAAAGAGAAAUCGUCCGUGAUAUCAAGGAGAAACUUUGCUACGUCGCUCUGGACUUUGACCAGGAAAUGACCACCGCUGCUUCCUCCUCUUCUCUCGAGAAGUCCUACGAGUUGCCCGACGGUCAGGUCAUCACCAUUGGCAACGAGAGGUUCCGCUGCCCCGAGGCUCUCUUCCAGCCUUCCUUCUUGGGUAUGGAGUCUUGCGGAAUUCACGAAACCACCUACAACUCUAUCAUGAAAUGUGACGUUGACAUCCGUAAGGAUCUUUAUGCUAAUGUCGUUCUGUCCGGAGGAUCAACAAUGUAUCCGGGUAUCGCCGACAGGAUGCAGAAAGAAAUCAUCUCGCUGGCUCCUAGCACCAUGAAGAUCAAGAUCAUCGCUCCUCCCGAGAGGAAAUACUCCGUCUGGAUCGGCGGAUCCAUCUUGGCUUCUCUGUCCACCUUCCAGCAAAUGUGGAUCUCCAAACAAGAGUACGACGAGUCUGGUCCAAGCAUCGUUCACCGCAAAUGUUUUUAAACCGUCGUUUGUUCCAAAACUAUAUAUUCACGUGGGAAAUGUCAGUAUCACAUGAAGACAUUCGAAAUUGAAAUCUAUAGGAACUAUAUGCCAGAUUUUUUAUUGUUUUCUACUCAAAAGAGUUAAAAUUAUAAAUGUCUAAAAAUUAGAAGAAUAACAAUAAAAGUUCACAAUAAAUCUAGAAAAUCAAGUAAAAGUAUAAAUAUUCAUGAAUAAGAAUAAACAAGAUAGGAUGAACACUCAGAUCCAUUAGACUUCUGUUGGUAACGAUGAAACUAAUAAACACUCAGAU